AUAAUGUGUAAUACGCGUGUGUAGUGGGCAGCAACGGCGGCGGCGGCACCGGUCGGUCGGGCCCCGUCAGACGCCAGUUGCUAGUGGAAAUAUAGCGAGCGCGCACGUCGGCCGCUGCUCUCGGCGUCGACGUCCGCGAAACACGCGACCCCCUCAAACGCGCCGUUCUCGGUUACCGUUUCGGUGUUGCUUCGACGAGUUUUCCUGCCCCCCUCGAAAACCGAAAGACAUUCCGUUAAUCCGGCACUUGUACAAGCCACCCGCGAAAAUUGCCCCGGAACCCUCCCCCGCCCCCGCUCAUCGCGCCACGGAGACGGCGGUUGAAAAACAAUAAUAUUCGCGGCGAGAGGACGACGGUAACAUCCGCGAGUGAGGACGAAUUUUUUUUUUUUUUUUUACUUAAACCUCCCCACCGCGACGUUUGGAGAUUGGCCGGCCGCCGAAGAUGCACUCGGAAAAACGUCCGCCCGACGUCGUUUUCCGCCGCACGUCCGCUGCACCGCUACGACCCGCGUCCGCCGGAAAACGUCGGAUCAUGUAAUCAUCAUAUUGGCUGUGACUCGAAACCGACUUCCCUCCCCCCACCCCCGGCACUGGCAGCAAGCACGUCGCAGGUAGUACCCUGCACACACACACACACACACCUAACACACACCUAAACACAUCGAACACACACGCACACACCUAACACACACGCACACACACACACACAUAAACGAAUAUUAUAUGCACAUCGUACACGGGUGCACUGUAUAGAGAGAGAGUCGCCACCACACAGAGCGCAACACAGCCACUGCACCGCCGCAACCGACGUGACCACCACGCCACGUCGACGAUGCGCUACCGGAGACGCGCGGGCGUGACGUCCGCGACGCGCUACAACUGCGCCGGGCCGCCGUGACUCUCGCCAAACAUGGCCAAAGACAAAAAACCGGAGAAAAACAACGGAUCGAAAAAAGGAACGGUCACCUGCGAACGGACGUACGUGUCGGACAGGUGUUCGCGAACCGCCGGCCAGGAGACCAGACGAUCGCCGCCCAGCAGCCCGGCAACGAUACGCGUGCUAGACCUGCCGUGCAGACACCAGCGACGGGGCGCCGUGCGCGACAAGAGGACCGCGGUGUCGCUCGACAAGCCCCGCCCGGCGCACCAGCGCGCCGACAACGCGUACGUGGAGACGCCGUUCGUGGACGGCGCCGUGUCGCUGCAGCUCCAGCAGGGGCCCUCGACCGCGUCCUGCUCGUCGGCGCUGUACCGCCCGCCGCCGUACUCCGCCGUCACCGCACCGAACACUCGCGCCGCGAACGGCGGCCGCACCGACCUGCCGGUCAUCGAGUUCGCCGCGGACAUGAUGAGAUCGUCCGCCGAACCGCCGCCCCGGCCCGGCGAGGGCAUCAUCGACGAGUUUCCGGCGUACGUGCCGUGGAAGGCGGAACAACAGCGCGCGCCGCAGCCAGAGGCGCCGGCGUGCAACGUGUGCCACAAGUGCCGGUGCGCCACGUGCCAGAAGCUGUGCAAGUAUCCGGGCAUGCGCGUGUGCGGCGUGCUGGACGUGCAGUCGCGGUGCGACGAGGCGUGCGUCGAGACGACCACGGUGUGCGUGCCGUGCGUCCGGAAGACGGCCAGAUGUCCGGCCGCGGACGCCGCCAGGGCCCAGGCCGCAGCAGCCGCGGCGGCCAACGCCGACAAUAACGCCAACGCGGCCGCCGAAAAAUCGGCCGACGACGACGACGACGACGACGACAACGACAACGACAACAAUGACGGCGACGACCGGCCGGCCGCGGCCGCGGUGGACGCGCGCGCCGCGCCGCCCAAGUGCCGGUUGCGCUGGCUGCUGUGCUGCCUGUGCUGCCCGUGCCCGUGCUGUUCGGUGGACGACGUGGUCGAGUGUUCGACCGGAUGUCGCGGCAACGUCAACGUGUCCGGUUGCGAGUGCGUCGACUGGGAGGCGCUGAGGCGGAACAACCGGCGCCGGGUGAACGCCGCCGCUGCAGCCGUGGCCGCGGCCAGAGACCGCCGCCGAUGCCGCGACAACCACUAUUACAUCACGGCGCUGCCUCAUUUGGCUGCCAACCACGCCGCCGACAAGUCCGCCGCCGUCACACCGACCGUCGAGAAGAAGAGCCGAUUGCGAAAUUUCCUACGUUUUUAGUCGACGACUAAUAACAUAAUAUUAUAACAAUUAUUAUUGUGCGCACGCGCGCUCGCGUGUAGCAGACGAUAUUAUAUAUUAUGUGUAUGUAAUAUUACUGUCCGCGUCGAUUACUCCGGCAAGUACAGGCGUAUUCGUCUAUAUAAUAUAUAUAUAUAUAUAUUGUUCCGUGUAUAUUGUAUAUGUACAUAUAAUAUAGUAUGCGAUAAGUAUUUUGUCCUAUACAUUAUGGUAAUGAUAAUAAUUAUUAUUAUUGUUAGUUAGUUAGUUAGUUAGUUUUAAUAAUAUAUUAUAUAGUUGUCAGGGCUUGAAAUCGAUAUUAAAUAUUGAUAAUCGAAUAUUUUGACGAUAUCCAAUAUUUAUAUCGAAAAAAAAAAAAUUAUCACCAAAAAUUCAUACCAAACCAUAAUUAUUACAUUUUUGUUUACAAAUCCUAUUAGAAAUUUAAAAAAAAUUAAUUACAUUUAAAAACUUUAGCCAACUUUAUUGCAAGUCUGCAAUUUCUAUAAUAAUUUUCUAGGCCGCGCGUAUGGAAUCGCGUCAACGACGAUCUCACAAGUACGGCUCGUAGGUAGGUAGAUAUCAAAAUUAAAACAGUACAAAUUUAACCGAUACCCACCUUUUUUAAAUUGGAAAAAAUCAAAAAAAAAAAUCAUAUAAAUCGAUAGUGUGCAACAAUAUAAAAUCACUUAAAAAAUUAAAUUAAAAUUUCAUUUCGAUUUCAAGCCCUGGUAGUAUGGUAUUAAAGUAGUGGUAAUAGUUAAAUAAUUUUAGUCAACAUUAGUCACUAUCUAACGUUGUUAUUAUUAGUCUGUUUUUCAAUCCUGCAGAUACGGUUUUCAGCUGCAAUUAACAACACUGCUUAUCAACUCGUCUCCGUUACUUUCUCGUUGAUUUACCUAUGUUCGUGCGAAUUGCAUCCCUGAACCAUUAUUCGGAAUAUAUAGUACGCAAACACCAUUGCAAAACUGAUCCAAACAAUCCCACCUUCAUUUGUCUCUGUAUACGCGUAUACGGACGAUCCAUUCAUUUCUUCUUUUCCACACAGUAAUUUCAUCUGAUGUUUUCUCCCUUCUUAUUCAUUUGCAGGUCACCAUAUCAGUCCCAAUUUUCUCGAACACACUUGAGUGGCACUACCUCUCAAAAGUUCCUGUUCUACAUUUUCUUUUUUUUUUUACUCAAUUUACAGCGCAAUCUUCCACUUUUCGAAGACAUUGAUAAUGCCCUAAAAGUAUAUACAUAUAGCGUUAACCUAUCAUUGCAUUGCGAGACGUGUCAUCGUCGCAAAAGCCAAUACACAUUUAAGAGUAAGUUCGUUUCACGUUUUUCUUUUAACUAUUUCCGAGUAGUUUCAGCGCGCCUGUUCAAACGUGAUAGUUUAGUAUAUAUAGUAUGAACAGGUAUUAGAGUUUUAUUAUAUAUUAUUUUGAUUUUCGAAAAUGCGUUAAAAUUUCUAAAUUAUUGUAUAAGUCGAUAACAUGAUUUGUUUAUCCAGCUUUGAAUAAGCAUACCUAAUAUUAUGUUGUGUGGUAGUAAUAAUGAACUAUUCGUGUACGUCUGAGUAUCUAAAUUAAAUUAUUAGUCGUUUAAUAUAAUAUAUAGAUCAUAGGUAGGUUAUUUAGUUUUAUUCCUUGUAUUAUAUACAUACUAUUAUUAUUAUUAUAUAUUAUGAUAUCGUAUCACUUUGCAUCUAAUGCAAAUACAAAAAAAAAAUAGUAUAUAAUAUACAUAUCCAUUGUAUAUUAUGGGACGCACAAAAUUAUUACGACAAUAUAAUUUAUCAUACCCUUUUUUUUAAUUUUAAUGGCCGUUGUCAUGAACAUCGACAAAAGUGUCUUUAUAUUGUGCUAAAUAACUUUUUUUUUUUCAAUAUAAUUUAAUUAUUUAAUAAUUUCAGUGAUAUAAUUUAUUUACGACGGUGUGUUAUAGUCAUUUAUCUCAUGUAUAUAAAUGUUAUGAUGCAAAUAAUUUCAUAUUAUAACCUGACUUUAAAAUUACCUUUAUCAUAAUAUUAUUAAGUGUAAAUAGUUUUACUAUAUAUUUAUUAACUUUUUAUUCCUCGUGUUAUUAUAUGAUAAACCAUAGGGAUCUACAGAGAAAAGAAGGCGGAACCUAUUUGUAAAUAACAAUUAAAAACGUUAAAAUUAAUAAUAAUAAAUACAAUAUUUACCAUAUAUACUCAAAUAUAAUCAAGUACAAAAAAAAAAAAAAUACAUAAAUAAUAAUAAUAACAUUACCCUAUAUUAUUGUAAUUUAUUGUGUGUGGUUCUGUAUGAAAUUUCAAAAAAAAAAAAAAUAUUUAAUUGUCGUUUUAAGCUUAUUAUUAUAUUAUGAUAAUGUUAUAUACGUAAAACAUUAAAAUUACGCGUACGCCCACGCGGGCAAUGUUUGUUUUCUGAUAAUAUCGAAUUAUGUGUAUAAUCAUAUUAUUAUUAUUAUUAUUAUUAUUACUAUUAAUAUUAUUAUAUACUAUGUUAUUAUUAAUUAUUAUUAGUAUCAUAAGAAUCGUUAUUUUUGACGUCUGCAGUCGGGUCAGACAAUUAUUUCCCCGCGUAUGCGCGAUUUGUCGAAACUCGCGUUUAUAAAAUCGUUUUCCCCCUCGGCGGUAAGAAACCUCAUCGGUGACCAUAUUAAACUACCGUUGUGAUAUCGACACACCCGCGGUUGUCGUCGCCUCGAAAAACGGGUCGGUCGUACGAAAUACGGUACAUUUUAUAUGAUAUAAUAAUACCGUCGUUGUGUAUACGUUCUGACGGAAAAUGCAAAAAAUGUGAUUUAUUUCAAUCAUAAAUCGUACGAUUCGCGUAACACGGUCGUCGUAUACGAUAAACGGAACCGGCGGGAUUCGCGGGCCAGUCGGAAAACCGCCGUCCCCUCCGACAGACAACCGUCGCGCCGAAAUACCUACUUCCGGUAUCGUAUAGUGUCGUCUUCCGCGAUUGUCAUGUACGUAUACGCGUAUUACGAUAUCGUCCGCUACCGACCGUCAUAUCAUAUAAAAUACAACGGGCGGCGUCGCAUCGAAAUAAUAUAUUUUAUCGUUUCGCCCACGCGCGUAGGCUUCGCGUAUAUUAUAAAACAAAAAAAACGUCGUUCGAACGGAGUGUGUACCUAAUAACAAUAUUAUUAUUAUAUAGAACGGUUGUGCCGGCGCGACGACCGCGAAUUCUCGGCGCCGAUAGUACUAUACCAAUAUUACAAUGAUAAUGAUAAUGAUAAUAAUAAUAAUAAUAUUAUAACGGUUUUUUAGUAAUGCGUUUCGCUAUACACACACACACGAGAUAAUACGGCGCGAAAUAUCGGACGAAUUAUAAUAACGAGACGAGUACCGCACCCGUAGGUGCAUAUCAUACUUAUUAUAUUAUGCGGAUAUUUAUACGAUACCGUUCCGAUCGGAACCGGCGACCGGUGUAUAGGUAAUACUGUUUUAUUCCUUCGUGUCCGCGUGAUCGCGGUCGUUCUCUCUCUCUCUCUAUCUCACACACACACCUCCCGACUCGACAAAUCUCCGUACCGCAAAUCUUUAUACGGAUUAAUAUAUUAUAAUUAUUAUAAAAAAAAAAAAAAAUAUUAUUAUACAUGUUACAUUGGAUGUUUUUAAAUGUUAUUCACGCAUUGUACAUAUACCUAUUACGAGCCUUUACAUAUAUAUUAUUAUUUUUAUUAUUAUUAUUAUUAUUAUUAUUAUUAUUACCUAUUAUUAAUUAUUAUGGACGUGUUAUUCUAUUCGAGAGAAAUAUUUUAUAGGAAGAUCAUAUUAUUAUUUUAAACACAAAUAAUAUUAAUGUCAUAUUGAUGUGUUAUAUUUAUUGUAUAUGAAUUUCUACACCAAGAGCAUGCGCACACACAUCGAUGGAUCGUUCGUGUUCGUCAUUAUAAUAUAUAUAUAUAUAUAAAGGUAUAUUAUGCCUAUCCUCACCUACGUACAGUAUACCUAAUAUAAACAGUCGUUGAACAAAGCUCAGUGGAAAUGUAAUAAACAUGUUUUACAGGUCCGUCCUAUAUAAAAAUUGUAUUGAACUAGCUCGUGUAUCGUUAGAUUACAAAAUAUAUUUAUUUCCACACAAUAUUCAUUAAUCUCAUAUUGCGAUAGAAUUUUAUUGAAAAAAAAAAAUGUCAUCGACCGUCAAGUGUUUGGUCUCAAUUCGCAUUAUACGGCGAUGCGCAUGCUUAUGGUGUUGGUUCGUGUUAUUUAUGAUGAUAAUAUAUAAUAAUAUUAUAAUAAAUUGUUGUGAUUAAAAUAUAUUUGAAUUUUCAGCUGUGUUUAUUAUGUAAUGUUAUUAUAAGUAUAAGAAUUAAACGUAAUGAUUUCUCAAAAACCUAACUAUAGGUAACUAUUAUUAUAUAAUAUGUAACGAUCAAUGGAUUUUUUUUUUCAAUUUCCCUAUUAAUUAUUAUAAUUUUUUAAGUCUCUCAAAUAUCAAAAUAUAAUAAUAUGUUUCUAAGACUAAGUAUCGGCAUUGGUUAGCACCGGAUUGUAAGCACCGGUCCAUAUUUAUUACUGGCUACUGCUGAUCUAUCUCUAGUCAUAAAUAUUAUUCAAAAUAUCGAUACAAAUAUCAUUUUUACUACUUGGAAUGUUUUUAUUUCAUAUAAAAUAUUUUUUUUUGUAUAA